UCAGGGGUCAAAGUGAAGGAAUGCGCGAGUCGCUGUUGCACAAACGUAGCGGAAAUAGAAACAUGCUGCAAAGUUUUUUUUUAAAGUUUCGCGCGCACCCUUUUUUAAACUUAUCCUAAUCCCAAACAUGAACUCCAAUAUUGCGGACGCCUCGCAGGACGAGCUGAUAAAUUUAAUAUAUCACCAUCUAAAGGACAACGGCUACAAGAAAGCAGCCAACGUGCUGAGAAAGCACGCGCCCCAGGUUAAAACUGAAAAAGUGAAAGCAUCCCUGAGCCAGAUCUUUAAGAAGUGGGCAAGCUCAGAUGAUGGAGAUGGUGCUCGGACUGCUGAGCUCAAGAGUCCCGCAAAGGGGAAGUCGAGAACCAGGUCUAAGAGCGCUGCCCCCUCUGCUGUUGGUCCAAAAAAGGCUGUGAAGAACACAACGAAAAAAUCAAAGAGUCAGAAGAAAACAGAAAAAAGAAUAAAGCCGGCCGCUGAAGGGAACGACUCAGACUCAGAUUCUGUUUUAGAUGUGGAGAAGUGGAAGAAAAUGGUCUCUCAAUUAUCAGAUGCUGAUCGAGCAAAGAUGGAUGUUCUCUACAUCUUGGAGAACUCUCCCGUCUCCUCACCUGCAAAGACUUCAGCAAAGAGAAGGACGACAAGCAAGGCUAAAAAAGAAGGAAGCCCAGCCCAGAAGGGAAAGUCAAGUAGACAAGCCAAGAAAUCGGCUGAUGCCUCUGAGACGCCUUCGAAAAAAUCCAAAAAUAUAGAUCCCGCAGCUAUUUCCGAACAUCAUGAAGUUAAGAGGCCAUCCAAAAAGACUGGGAAGAAAGAGAACGAAGCGGUCAAAACCCCUAAAAGAACUAAAGCUAAAGCUCAGGAUAAGACGGAUACGCCGGAUGCACAUCGUGAAACUAACGGACUAAUUUCCACGACGUUGACAAGCACUAAAGAGGCCGGUGUGUCAGACUCAGAAGCCGAUAAGACUCCUAAAAGAGUUCACUUUGAAGAAGGCAACAGUUUUUCGGAGCAAGCCGAGACCGGCUUCACUGAAACUCCAUCUAGAAAGGUUAAAAAAAAGAAAGGCCAUUCUGAAGCCAGUAAUGUUGAAACUGACAAUAGUCCCUUAAAUAUGAACAAUGUUCAGAAAGCUGCAAGCAAGCUGCUAGAAACUGUUACGAUUGAUGCUACCUCUGACCAAUCGAAGACGCCAUCAAAAAAAGUGAAAAACAAGAAGCACAAAAGUGUUUCGGAGGAGCCCGUUUCUGAGGAGACGCCUUCCAAGAAGGUUAAAGCUAAGAAAACAGAAGGUCCUUCUGAGAUUGACCGAGAAACGACAUCUGAGAACGUCGAUGUCUCUCCAGAAUCCGUUAAACCCGACUCUCCCUCUAAAAAAGCUAAGCUUAAAGAAUGUGAAAGCCAUUCGGAAACGGUUGAGCCUGAAACGGCGUCAAAAAAAGCUAAAGCCAAGAAAGUUAAAGGCACUGAAGAAUCCGGCGAGGAGGAGACGGCAGGCAAGAAGCUCAAAGCUGCCGCAUCGGACGCCGGUCUCCCGCAGUGCGGCUCUACAGACAGCUUUUCCAAAAAAAAAAAAAUCAAGUCUGCUGAGGACGUGGAGAUCCAGAAUGACGUUCCUUCGGAGACGCCCCUAAAAAGCAGCAAAUCCCGAGCAAAGGCUGUCGAUGGUGAAGGUUUGGAAAAUGACGAAACCUCCAGUCGCCUUCUGAAAACUCCUUCCAAGAAGAGAAAACACAAAGGGGGAGAAGCUUGUGACGAGCCGGCGCCGGAGCCCAAGAAGGCCAAGAAAGACAAAGAGAAGAAGAGCGAGGAGAAUGAAAGCGCAGACGCUCUUCAACCACCAGCAGAAGAAGAAGAAGAAGAAGCUGUAGAAAAAAGUCAGAAGAAAAAGAAGAAGAAGAAAAAGAAGAGAGAUGAAGAAGCACGGGAGGUAGUGGCCGACGAUGCUCCAGAUGAGGAGGAGGAGGCGGUGGAGCGCAAAAAGAAAAAGAAGUCUUCAAAAGAGAAACGGCUCGGUCGUGAUGAGACUCACGGACUCAACAGCACAUAACGGAUGGAAGGGCCCUCCAGACCUCAGUUCUCCAUCACAAUCCGAAUUAUCCAUCCCUUUUGUGUGGAUCGUGUUUGUAUAUAUUUAUAUAAGUGUUUUUAUGUUUUUUAUGGGAAGGUACAUUUAUAGAAAUAUUCCGUGUUUUUUUUGUGGUCUUGUUUUUCUAUUUUUGAUAACUGGAUUUCUUGUAAUUAAGAUGCUCAUGCCUUUUGUACCAUUUUAAACUUUUAAUCAUGCUUUUAAAUCGUGCAAAAAUAUAUUGUUUUGAUCAUGUGCUAGGUUUUCUUUGUUUUGUAUUGAAGAACAAUGUUUUAAGAUCAAGUUUUAUA